AUGUCUUCUGGACCUGUCAGGAAUAGACGCAGACGUGCUCAAACACCUUUCUACCACUUGGCAGCAGCCCAGCCAGGACCUACAACUUCACAACUUCGGGUGGCGCCCGCACUUCUACAUGAUGUUAUCGAGAUCACCACUGAUGAGGAAAUUUUAAGUCAGGUGUCAGUUAUUGAGAUCGUAACAACUGACGACGAAGACGCAAGUCAGAUGCCAGUCCAUGCGCAUUGUGAGCCAGCACCCGCUGUUCGUGCCAAAGCUUCAGUCAAAACACUAUCCGACAUUAAAGCCAUUGAGCAAGGGGGGAAUGUUGCGUCCACAUAUAAUACGCCUUCACCUGAUAUAGAUGCAACAAAAACCAAGCUAGGAAGUCUCCGCGCUGCGAUCCAGAAGGUCCUAUCGGAAAGGGAUCUGUCUCUGGAGUGCCCCGUUUGCAAAACAAUAUUCAAAGAAUUACACAGUCUCAAAUGCGGACAUAGCUUCUGUGCGGCGUGUCUGAAACAAUGGUUUCAAUGUUGUUGGAGUAGAUGGGUGGCAGACUCGGACAAUCCAGUGCCAGUCACACUCAGUCUCCGAGACAUCUCAAGGCUGCCACUAUCAUCUGCAGUCAUAUCAGUCGUGACGAAACACGUCGGACCAAUGCUGUUCACCUGUCCAACUUGUCGGGGUUCAGUUGGCAAGCAAGAACCAUUCAAGGUCAUCACCCUCUGUCAGAUUUCAAACUCCAUAACAUCACUUUUGGGGGGUGCAUGCGGUGAAGAAGAUCUACCAACCAAUUGGACAGGGUACUUUCUAGAAUAUACGCGCACGGCUGCACAAUUUACGGUGAUAUCAAUGACUGUUUUGGCUUGGAAUCUAGUUGAUAAUGUGGACAUCUCCAAAGCACGGGAGAAUAGAAUCCUCGGAUAG